UUUUAAAGAAAAAUCAAAAUUACUUCAACACAAAAAUACUGUUCAUAUGAAAAGUGUAAAAGGAAUGCAUUGUUUUUGGCCUAAAUGUCAAUUCAAGACAAACAAACAAAGGUAUUUGAAAACACAUCUAUUGAUUCAUUCAGAAAAACGAUUUAACUGUGAUUUUAAUAAUUGCCACAAAAGUUAUAAACACAGAUCAGAAUUAAGUAAACAUAAAAAUAUCGUUCAUUUAAAUCGUGGAAAAGAAAUGCAUUGUUUUUGGCCUAAAUGUCAAUAUAAAACCCGUGAAAGCAAAAAAUUCACUGCUCAUCAAUCAAUGCAUUUAAAUGUGAAACAAUUUAAAUGUGAUUUUAAUAAUUGUAAUAAAAGUUUUACACAAUUUUCAAAUUUACAAACACAUAAAAAUCCCGUUCAUUUAAAUGUGAAAUUUAUUUGUGAUUUCAAUGAAUGCCACAAAAGUUUUACAUCAAAAAAAGGUUUAUUUCUCCACAAAAGUUGUGUUCAUUUGAAUGAAAGGAAAUUCAAAUGCAAUGAAGAAAAUUGUGGCAAAAAAUUUACAUCCACUCAGAGCUUAAUUCAACACAAACGCAUCCAUUCGGGAGAAAAACCAUUUGUUUGUGAUUUUAUUGGUUGUAACAAGAGUUUUAGAAAAAGAAGUAAUUUAAUGGAUCACAAAAUUAUACAUUCAAAUGAUGCGACAAUUUAUAGUUGUUUUUGGCCUAAAUGUCAGUAUAAGACUAAAAAUAAGUGGAGUUUUAGAACACAUGAAUUAAUACAUUCAGAACUAAUCUUAACACAUGAAAAUCAUCUGAAUAUAAAAAGCUAUAAAUGUAUUCAUAAUAACUGUAAUCAACGGAAGCGUCGACCGGUUCCAGACUUACUAUACUUGUCUCAAAUACAUGAGGCGAUGGCUAUUAGAUCACAGGUAGAGCUCUACCGACGCAACCGUGAGGUCGACCCUCAGACAGGCUUUGAUGGGACAAUGGGUGCCCUGUAUUGGCACAACUCAACCACAUAUGGCCGGCGUCCCACUUAUUACAGCUUAAUAUAUCAAUUU